GUCCUUCCUCCUUCCUUUCCUCCGUAAUCAGCGAGAAUGAAGACCAUUCUCAGCAACCAGACUGUCGACAUCCCCGACAACGUCGAAGUGUCGUUGAAGGGGCGCACGGUUAUCGUGAAGGGGCCCCGUGGCACUCUGAGACGGGAGUUCAACCACAUUAACCUGGAGCUCAGUCUGCUUGGCAAAAAACAGAAGAAGCUCCGUGUGGAAAAAUGGUGGGGUAACAGGAAGGAGCUUGCCACCGUUCGUACCAUCUGCAGCCACGUCCAGAACAUGAUCAAGGGCGUCACCUUGGGUUUCCGGUACAAGAUGCGUUCCGUCUAUGCCCAUUUCCCCAUCAACGUGGUCAUGCAGGAGAAUGGAAGUCUGGUGGAGAUCAGGAACUUCCUGGGAGAGAAGUACAUCCGUCGAGUGCGCAUGAGGCCAGGCGUGUCCUGCACAGUGUCAGCAGCCCAGAAAGACGAGUUGGUUCUGGAGGGUAAUGACAUUGAGCUGGUGUCAAAUUCCGCUGCCCUGAUCCAGCAGGCAACCACAGUCAAAAAUAAGGAUAUCAGAAAAUUCUUGGACGGUAUUUACGUGUCUGAGAAAGGAACGGUAGUGGAACCCGAGGCCUAAACAGUAGAGCUGCACUAAUCCAGCAAGCCACCACAGUGAGGAAGAAGGAUAUCCGGAAGUUUCUGGAUGGGAUAUAUGUCAGCGA